CGUCGGCUUCUGCGCUGGUAGUGUUAGCUCGUCAUCAACUUGGUGACGCAAAAUCGGGCAUGCCAACAAUGUUCCAAUUCACCUCCCGCCCCAAACACCUUCUUCUCCUCAGUCUCUUCGCACUUAGCGGUCUGAAGAAUGUUUCAGCAGCUGCGGGACGCGAACGUCGUAGCUUGAACGAAGACUGGCGAUUUUCCCGCUUCACGUCAAACCCGGAUUCUUUGUCUUACGAUGUCCUCAAGGAAUGGAUGCUCCCCGCCGCCAAUGGCUUUCUGAGCGACGGCAAGAAAUACGAACGCCCAUCUGGAACUGCGCCCGGUUCUGACGUCGACUACACGCAAGACGAUUUCGAUGAUAGCGCGUGGCAGCAGCUUGAUCUGCCGCAUGACUGGGCCAUUGCAGGGCCUUUCGAUGCGCCUGGUGUGGGAGGAGGUCCAGGACGUCUUCCCAUCAACGGAAUCGGAUGGUAUCGCCACAAUCUAACUAUCGAUGCGGACGUGGUAUCCUCCAAAAAAUCUGUUUUCCUGGACUUCGAUGGUGCCAUGUCGUACGCGGCUGUGUGGCUAAACGGGGAACUUGUCGGUGGCUGGCCAUUUGGGUAUAACUCAUUCCGAUUGGAUCUUACACCAUAUGUCAAGGCUGGUGGGAACACGCUUGCGGUUCGUCUUGAUAACGCUCUUGACUCAUCACGGUGGUACCCAGGCGCGGGAAUCUAUCGUAAUUUGUGGCUCGUCACGGUUGACCCUGUUCAUGUUGGGCAAUACGGCACGUUCAUCACCACUCCUGAAGUGUCUGCCUCAGAAGCAACGGUCGAGAUUGUUGUGGAUGUAGAGAACAAGAGCAAUGCCAGCCAGAGAGUGGAUGUUGCUACCGAGAUCUAUGCGGUUGAUCCGGUGUCAUUGAAGCCCGCUGGGGAAGCUGUUGCGGCUUUCUCUUCUUCCUCGGUCACUGUCGCUGGAGGCGAGAAGCAAUCUGCCAAUGCUUCCGCCACUGUUACUGACCCCCAGCUGUGGGGACCUCCACCGACACAAAAGCCAAAUAAGUAUGUGGCCGUUACGACUCUUUCAAGCAAUGGCACGGCUUUCGAUACGUAUGAGACUGUUUUUGGUAUUCGAACCAUUGCCUACAGCGCCAAUGAAGGAUUUCUGAUCAAUGGCGAGCACGUGAGAAUUUUUGGCACUUGCAAUCACCACGAUCUAGGUGCUAUCGGCACUGCUUUCAACUACCGUGCUGCUGAGCGGCAGAUAGAGCUACUUCAAGAAAUGGGUAACAACGGAUUGCGGACAUCGCAUAAUCCACCAGCACCAGAAUGGCUGGAAUUGGCUGAUAGAUUUGGAAUGCUUGUAUUGGAUGAACUCUUCGAUGCAUGGAGGAACCCCAAAGUCGACAACGAUUUCUCUCGCAUCUUUGAUGACUGGUACGAGCCAGAUAUGCGCAACUUCAUCCGCCGCGACCGCAACCACCCCUCCAUUAUCGCCUGGAGCAUAGGAAACGAAAUCCCGGAGCAAUCAAACGCACAGGGUGGCGAAACCGGUAAACUCCUACAAGACAUCUCACACGAAGAGGAUCCAUCUCGACUCGCAACAACCGCGAUGAACAGCGCAGGUCCCAACACUGCCCUGGCCAACGAGAUCGACAUCAUUGGCACAAACUAUCAAGGCGAAGGCAACGGCGCAUCUUUUUCGAGCUCAUGGCCAAACUUCCACAGCACACACCCUGAUAAGAUGAUAUGGAGUACUGAGUCCUCAUCCUGCGUCAGCUCUCGCGGCAAAUAUCUAUUCCCGGUGACCCCCAAUAAAACUGCUGUAGUAGGGAACAACCCAGGUCAGGGUGGCGACGGCACGAACCGCCAUGUAAGCGCCUACGAAUUAUACUCCCCUAGCUGGGCGUCCUCUCCCGAUAAAGUCUUCGAGCAGCACGACCGCUACCCAUACGUGGCCGGUGAGUUCGUGUGGACGGGUUUCGACUACAUCGGCGAGCCAACGCCUUACGACUCCAGCCGCAGCUCAUACUUCGGCAUCAUUGAUCUUGCAGGUUUCAAGAAAGAUCGUUUCUACAUCUACCAGGCGCGCUGGCGAUCUGAUCUACCCAUGGCGCAUCUGCUUCCGCAUUGGACAUGGCCUGGUCGGGAAGGUCAGACAACACCCGUGCACGUUUUUACUUCUGGUGAUGAGGCGGAGCUCUUCGUCAAUGGCGAAUCCGCGGGCCGCAAGAAGAGGGGACAGUACGAGUACCGCAUUCGCUUCGACGACGUCAAGUACUCUCCAGGCAGCAUCCGCGUCGUAUCGUACAAGAAUGGCGCGGAGUGGGCCACUGCUGAGACUAAGACGGUUGGCGAUGCGGUAGCACUGAAUGCGACUGCCGACCGGACCAGUAUUGCUGGAGAUGGCAAGGAUCUGUCUUUCGUCACUGUCGAGGUGGUGGAUAGCGAAGGGUCGAUCGUCCCUGAGGCGAGUAACUCCAUCACGGCUAGUAUUGCGUCAGGACCAGGGAAGAUCGUAAGUACUGAUAAUGGCGAUCCCACUGAUAAGACUGUUUUUUCGGAGCCGACUAGAAAGGCGUUCAGUGGAAAGUUUUUGGCGAUCGUAAAAACGGAGAAGGGUGCUUCGGGGGAUAUCGUGGUGGAAUUCCAGUCUGACGGCUUGACGGCUGGAAGUGUGACUAUCAGCGCGACUUAG